UUCAAAGCACCCAAGCCUGUCUCUCAGAAUUUAUACUCAGGAAAGGAGGAACGCAAGACCUUGUCUUUAUGAUGAAUGCUUUAGCCUUGAUACAAGUUGGCCUCAUUCUGUUGUGCACAACCACCAUCUCCAGUCUUCAGUGCAACCACCAUCCUUUGCAGCAAAGAAAAGUGAUUGAGAACAGCCUGCAACUUUUGGACAAAAUGGGUGAAAAGUUUCCUCAACAAUGUCUAAGAGAGAAAAUGUCCUUCAGAUUUCCUAAGCAGGUUCUAAAGCCCCGACAGAAAGAGACUGUCAAAGUGGCCAUUGAAGAGAUCUUCCAACACAUCUUCUACAUCUUUAGCAAAAAUCGGACUCUAGCUGCUUGGGACGGGACAGCUUUAGAACAAUUCCAAAAUGGACUUUAUCAGCAAAUUGAGCAAUUGGAGGCAUGUGUAAUCAAGAAGAAGACCCUCUACUUUCAGAGUAAAGCCAACAGGUUGAAACUGAAAAAGUACUUCAAAAAAAUAGACUGUUUUCUUAAAGACAAACAGCACAACCUGUGCUCCUGGGAGAUCGGCCGUGCAGAAAUGAGGAGAUGUCUUCAAUUGAUUGAUAAAGUCAUAAGGAAGCUUAGCAAUUAA